AUGGUGCCUGAUUUGAACUUUUUGAUUUUCAGUACAUGCUAUGGAGUUUUGAGAUUUGUUAUGGAGAAUGGAGCAAAGGGUUGUGAGGUCAUAGUUAGUGGGAAACUUAGGGCUCAACGGGCCAAGUCCAUGAAAUUCAAGGAUGGAAUAUCACGAAGAAAUCAAGGGAAUCUAUUUAUACUUGGAAUGGUGAAUAAGGAGAGGCUGGGGAAGAUGAAGAAGAAAGCCAUCCUUAUUAACUGCAGCCGAGAACCUAUAACUGAUGGGGCUGCUCUUGUCGACCACUUGAGAUGUCACAGCCCGCCCUAA